AUGCGACCGAGCGGCACGAUCCAUCUUUUGCUUGUUCUUUCAUUGGCGGGAUUGGCUAGCGGCGCUUCAUCCGCUUGUAUCUCCUUUCAAUUGGAUGACUCCGCCCCACUGGGUAAAAGAAUGAAAAAAUAAUCGGAAGUCGCACGUGGAAUGACUCAAGACAUCGUAGCUACAAAUAGGUUGCACCCGACCUUGAAACGACUUACGCUGAAAUUUUUUUUCAAUGUUACCCAUUUGAUCUACUUAAAAAUACAAGACCGCCACGUUGAGCCAUCCACGUGUAGUCAAGGGGAAGAACCAAAAAGAUGAAAAUUGAAGAAUUUUAGAAUCGGCACAUGUAAACGAGCAAGAUGGGCCUGUACAAAUCUAUCAGAUAGAGUUCGACUCGGAAUCUACUGGCAAUUUGACUGGAAGACGAGUCGACUUUCUAAAAGACACUGUGGACUUUAACCAAUGUCCCUCAACUUGUCUCUCCUCGAUCGCCGCCUUCAACGACAAUUCCCAAGGUUCUUUCUUGGUUCAAUCAAGCUUCAUAAUAUCUAUUAUGGCCCAGUACGUUAUCCAACUAGUUAACUUUAAUGGAAAAUUAUAAAUUUGUCCGUUUUUUUCAACUAAACUCUCAAAAAAAAACUCAGAUGUCGAUCAUUCCACAAUUCUGCAUUUCUCCUUGGACCAGUCUGGUUACCUUCCGCCAAACUAUCAGUGAGCUAUUCAUUCUGAUUUUAUCAUUUCUAAUUUUGUAACCAAGCGAAAAUCUUGGCAACUUGAAUGAACAUACAGACUAAACCGCGACCUUCCAAAGUUUUUCUGCGGAAAAGUAUUCGGUUUUUGUGGCGCCACCGUUCCCGUGUAUCGAUAUUAUAAAUUGACGGAGAAAGGAGUUUGUAAGUUUUUUUUUUCAAGACUUCAAGGCUUUCUGAAACUCUUCAAUCACUUUUUUAGCUGAAAAAAAUCCUCUUCAAACGGAUUAAUCAAUGUAAAUCUCAGAUCACGCCUAUUCCUUUGGCCCCUCUCAGUUAUUCCCAAACUACACACAAGAAUCGUUCCCAAUCUGCUACGCCUGGGCUCCGCCGGCAUUUUCUCCCAGUUUUGGUACUUUCUUCCGACUUAUUUCAAAAAAUCUAGUAUUUUACGUUUAGAACCUUCAAAUCCAUUACUUUCCGAGCAGCCGAGCCAAAACUGCGGAUCCGGUCUAUCCGUCGAUGGAAUUUCUCCUCUUCUACUUUCCGAUUUGAAUGUAUUUUUCAAUAAUUUAACUUGUAAGUUGUAUUUCUCACGUUGUAGUCUGUUUGAAGAUCAAUUUAAGACACCCUCGCUGACCAUUACUUCAGUACGCGGCCUGAUACCUCUUCUCAACUUCAAGGAUACACAAAAGGAGUGAGGACAUGGUUAUUAUUAUUUUAAAGGUGCAAAAGGCAUCAGUUAAGAGUUUCAGAAGUUUGAUAGAAAAAUUUUAUGAUUAUAAAACGGUCUCAGGAAUCUAUCGGCAAAGUAUUAACGUUUGACGACCCAGCCUGUGGAUGUUUGGUGCAACUUCGACAAAUGUACGACAAUCAGAACUUCACCAAACCGGGUGAGACUUCUUCUUUAAGUUUUCAUGCUGAGAGUUCUUUUUUCAGGCCGGAUCGACCACAAACUGGCCCCACUAAGCGAAAUGAACCGAGCUAAUGAAAACUACAUGCCAACGGGCGAGAAAAUCUACUGUGCGAAGAGACUUGGCGACUGUGGAGCAACAUUGCCGCUGUGGAAACAGUACAACUACUAUACAGUUGGUGAGUGUCUUAUUUUUUGCACUGAAGUGAUUUCAAAACGCGAACUCCAACUUCUUAAAAAUUGAUUUCAGACUCCAUGCUGACGACGGACUCCAAGCUGCUGCCCUACUCAUUCUUGUACCCACCCGGGGUUCUGUGCUACAUCUGGGCUCCAGAUUAUAACGGAUUCUUCGCCACACAAGCCGCAGCGACGACGUUAGCACCAACAACUUCCAACGAAACAAUAUUAGUCGGGGAAAUCGCUGGUACAGCUCCAACUUCCGGAAACCCUUCAGAAGUCUCAACAGCGACGCCAGCGACGUCUUCAACUGACCAAACCGCUGGAACUGCUCCAACUUCAGGAACACCCUCAGAAGACUCAACAGCGACGUCUUCAACUGACCAAACUGCUGGAACUGCUUUAACUUCCGAAACGCCUUCAGGAGACUCAACGGUUACUGCAGCGACGACAAUACCUGAACAAACCGCAGGAACUUCUCCGACGUCAGGAGUAUCUUUAGAAGUGUUAACGGCGACGCCUCCAACAGAAGGCACAACCGGAUGGACGACACUUCUUUCAAAUGAAUCUUCUCCAACUGCUGAAACGCUUCCUGGGAUUCUGGCAACAGUAGGAACGUCACCAAUAGAUGGAACGACAGCUCUUCCGGAAAUAUUGACCACUCCAGCCGACGGAGAAGCGACGACGCCAUCAACAGGUUUAACGGUUGGAACCUCUCCAACUGGAACGAUGCCAUCUAUCGAUCAAACCACUUGGGCAACGACCCCGGUUAUCUACUUCACUGAAGGAUCAAUCGGAACUGCCCCAACAGCUGAGCUUUUUGCUACUGGAUCGCCGUUAUUCGUGGGCACGACUACAAGCCUUUCCGACAUUGGAACAGCUUGGACGAACUCAGAAACGACCUCAACGGGAGGAACAGCCGGGACUAGUGAGCCUUUUGCGACUGGGGCGCCGUUAUUUGGAGUCACGGAAGGACCUUUAUCUGGAACGACCUUGACUGGUGAAACUGUUGGAACUUUUGGAACGACGUUCGCGACAAUUGGAGUAUUUGGAACGUCAGAAACCACGACUUCUUCAUUGAACGAAAUGACUGGCACAUCUUCAGCGAUCGGAAAAAUUGAAACGUUUGAAACGACGCCCAGCUUGAGUUCAGUUCCCUUUACAACUUCAGUUUGGAGAACAUCUCCAGAAAGCUCGACGGUUCCUGCCUGGGGAUCAUCUUCGCAGCCAACGCUACUUGACUUAAGACCUAGCGAACUUCCACCAACAUCAUUCCUUGAGAACUUUACUGAAACAUCUUCGACAUCUCCUACCUUCACUCCAAAACCAUCACAGAACUCGUCAAACUCAACCUUCAUUUCUGAUCAGCCUGUUCUCACCUGGUACGACAUUUUAUUUGCUACUGCUUCUCCCUCCAGACCUACACGGGACCUUUUCGAAUCUUCUAACGAUUCAGAAUCCUCAACUGCAGCCCCAGCAGUGGCGCCACAACUAAUUAGAGAUGCAGAGUCUAUAGAAACUACUACAGUCAAAUUCGAAAAUCAAGUUCAAGACAUCCUCAACAAUACUGGCCAAUGGAUCAGUAGCUACAAUGCGUCAGGAUUGUCAGAAUUUCUGAAUAACACUGGAAUCACGAUUAGUCAGUUGAAUGGAUCGCGAUUCGCGGAAUUCCUGAACAGUACAGGCAACGCAAUGAUAGGAUUGAACGCUACCGAGCUCGAUGGAUUUCUAAAUCUGAAUGCUUCUGAGAUCUCUAGCUUUCUGAACAGCACUGGGAAAACUAUCGGAAGUCUGACUGCUUCAGAUAUUCAAACCUUUUUGAACGUCUCGGGCAAUACGAUUAGCCAUUUGAACGCGUCGGAAGUUCAGAACUUCUUCAACAACACUGGAAACGCAAUAAGUAACUUCAAUGUUUCUCAAGCCUGGGACUAUUUGAACAAAACAGGAACUGCUAUGAGCAAUAUUAGCACGGCUGAUGUCCAGAACUUCUUUAACAAUACCGGAAACGCUAUCGCCAAUUUCAACGGUUCUUCAAUCUCCAACUUCUCCAACAGUACUGGUAUUGGUAAUAUCAGCACGACUGAUGUUCAAAACUUCCUGAACAACACUGGAACGGCUAUCAGUAACUUCAACGCUUCAGAAGUUCAUAAUUUCUUGAACAACACCGGAAACGCUAUCCACAACUUCAACACUUCUUCUAUUUCCAACUUCUUCGACAAUACUGGGAACGCCAUCAAGAACUUUAGCGGAACUGACGUCCAAAACUUCUUGAAUAAUACUGGAUCCACCAUUACAAACUUCAACACUUCUUCAAUUUCUAACUUCUUUGACAAUACUGGGAACGCCAUCAAGAACUUUAGCGGAACUGACGUCCAAAACUUCUUGAAUAAUACUGGAUCUACCAUCACCAACUUCAACACUUCUUCCAUUUCCAACUUCUUCGACAAUGCUGGAAAUGCCUUGAGCGAUCCGAAAAACAUCACGAUAUUCGACCAGACCAAGAAUUUCUUCAGCGGAUGGUUUGGCAGCACUUCAGAACAGAAUCAAACCCAAGUGACCGCCCAAGAAGACAAAGAGAAGUCGAAAAACUCGAUUUUCGGAGAAUUGUUGGAUACUUUCACGGUAAUGAAUAGAGCCAAAAUUCUUCGUGCUCUUGAAGAAAAAAAUUUUUACUCUAUACAAACUGUUUUCAGAACUGAGCUCUUCCACAACGACGAACAAGGAACGAACAACUAUGCAAUGAUUUGUGGAAUAAACUUUUUCUAUGUUUCUAUUUUUAUUCGGUUCAAAAAAUGACGCAUCACAGUACUUCUGAACGAUUUUUUUUCCCCAGAAAAACAAGAAAAAAAUUUCUUUCCAAUUCUAUUCACGUGAAAUUCAAGCUCUUUACAGAGUUUUUUGGUUUUUUUGGCCCUCGAACGUCGGAAUAUCAAAUUUUUUCUCUCUCAAUUCUUUCUCUUUCCGAUUUGCUCAACAAACUAUGACCUGAAAACGUCAAUUCAAAUCCGUUUAUUCAUGCAAAUUCGGAGUUGUUCAAGCCGUUCCGACCCCAAUUUAUUCAAUUUUUCGGGGGCGUUAUGCUCUCAACACAAGAGCAAUAUAAAAAUGCAACAAAGUAGGAAGAAAAAUUCGAGUUUUGAGCCCCCGAAAAUGAUCCUUUUCUGGGUCGCUGUUUCGUUUCCAGUGAUUAUUCUCGGGCAAAAUUGCCCCAUGGGCAAUGGCUUCACAGCGGCCGAGAUGUGUGGGUUUUGUUCGCACGAAUGAUAAGGGAAAACUUGAAAACACUAUCUAGAAAAAAAGUUCUAUCGUUGGAGUGCACUUAGUCAGUUUUUUUUUUCUCUCCAAGAUGUACAAUAAAGUUUAAAAGAUGGGGUUCUCUUUCCAGUUUAGUUUUUUUGCCAUUAAUUCUGUGGAUCGAUUUUUUGUUUCCUUUGCAUUUUUUUCUUAGUAAUGUACUUUCGAAUAUCGCUAUGUAUACAAAAAAGUUCGUUUCAUCGAAAGGACGUUGAAGUUAGGUCAUUGAUGCAUAUGAUGAAUAGGUCCUGCAUUAAUCUAUUGUUAUCUUUUUUUCUAUUUGAACUAACUUUUUAUCGGAAGGCUCAUUUCUAUUUUACAUAUGAAAUCUUAGCUUACAUGUGUUCGAUUGAACUUUGACAAUAAAGAAGGCUUAUCGAUUAUUUGAGAAUAUAGUUUCAAAUCUAUACAGCUCUGCCACCUUAAUCUCACUCAAAAUGUGCCAUUUUUUGUAGGAAGCAACUUAUUUGGGAACAAAGGUCAGAAUCAUUUACAGCCGAAAUAUCCGUGUACCAGAUCAAAAACACACGAGGACACUACCCAAAGUACCGGAUUUCAACCAAACACCUCCAUCAUCACUCAAAAAUCGUUGGAGAUGAAACAGCGCAUGUUCCCCUUGCAGAACUGAACUCUACGUUUUGCCCCGACUCGUGUCUUUGGUCCUUGACGGCUUAUGAAGAUCGUUGGUUUUCCAUUCUUUUCUGUCAAAAGGGUCUAUUCAAAAUUUAAAAAUGGCAUUGAACCUUACGUAACUUAAGCGGCGUCAAAACUCUUGAAUGAUCCCUAAAAAUACUUAAAAACGUCCGAGGUCUGGACUCGGACUUUGGUAACGUGAAACGGACGUGACGGGGCAUUUUUACUGACUUCUUUAGUAGCGUCAGCACUCUUAAGUGAUCCCUAGAAUUGCCCAGAAACGUCUAGUUUUCGUUAUCGAGGUCAGAGGAGGUCUCAAUGAUUGAUUAAAUUCUCACUGGAGCAAUCUUUCCAGCGACAUCCGUCUCGAUCCUUCACGAAAGGUCUCCAUUUCCGGCGUUCAUUCCGAAUGGGUACAAAUUAACCCAUCCAACCAAUAUAUCCUGUUCACCCAUUCAAAAUCGCUGCGGAGCAACGGUUCCCCUCUACCGCUACUAUCGCAUCACGGACACCGGCAUUCGUAAGUUUUGAAACUUUGAAGGUGCAAUUCCGAUCUUUUUCGAACCUUUUGAAGUUUCUAAUAAUACAAAGAAGUUUUAUGCAAACUCAAAUUAAUUAAAGAUCACACCUACUCGUUCCACGACUCCACUGAAUAUCCAGGAUUCGUUCGAGAAUCUUCCCCGCUUUGCUUCGUUUGGCCUCAUCCAGAGGGUUUUUUUAUUUUUCAAAAAUUGUAUAUAUCCUUAAACAGAUUCAACUUGAACGAACUUCAGUUAACUUAAUGGAAAAAUGUUCUUUGUUCUAACAAAAUUCCCUAUUUUUCAGUGAAUCGAUCGGUUCUCUACUAUCAAGCCUCCCCAACAAACCAAGUUUCGCUGCCUAAAUGCCAAAAAUCGAUUUCAAUGGUCAAUUCGUCCUUUCAAACGCCUCUCCGAGUCUAUUACAACUACUACAAUGGUGAUUCAAUCUUCGAAGGUAAUAUUUAUAGAUUUCAGGCCCUACCAACACCUUGCGCGAUCAUUUCACAACAACUCUGCCUUCAACAAAUUCCCAACUCAAAGGAUACCAAUUACAGGUAAAGUUAGUUAUUUGAAAUUGAGAAAAUAAUCAUUUUAGUCAACUCUCGGCUGGGUUUUAACGAAAAGCUCUGUAAAUUGCGACUGUUUGGUACAUCUUUCACAACUUGUUGACAGCCAGGAUUCGGUUUUGGGUUGGUUUUUGAGCUAUCAAAGAGUUUGAAAGAAAAAUGAGCAGUCGAGUGCAAAGUUUGAAGAGUAUACGGAUGUUUUUAAAAGCCGGACUUUCCAAAAAAAUUUUUUUUUUGAGUCCGCCUCGACCACAAACUAAUCAUCGACGGUUUCGAGCCUAACCAACCCCUUGAGCAGUACCGAAGGACUGGAGAAGGAUUAUAUUGUAGUGCUGAGCAAGGGAAAUGUGGCGCAACUAUUCCAUUGUACAAGCAAUUCGAUAUUUUGAACAUAGGUGAGUUUAAAAAAACCUUGUAAAACUACAAAAUGAUCAGUAAGUUCUUACAAACACAAUAAUUUCCUUUUUUAAAGACACACAAUACACGACCACGCCGACACUUUUGCCUAACUCUGUCUUCAGCCCCUCAAACCGUCCGAUUUGCUUCAUUUGGCCGGUUAGAGGUUCAGUUUUCAUUUAAUUCUCUAAAAAUCAACGCUUUUCCAGAACAGAAAAAGUCACAAGCCUCUGUAGUGCAUGUGGCUCCUCCUCAAAACUUGUCGGCAACCGAGACUCUUUCUCAACUCAAGGCACCUUCGGGACCAUCUGGAAACAUCAGCCGAGCCCAUCGGUCGUCCAGAAACCUUCAUGACUCGAAGAAACACAACAGCACUCUUGCAGGGUCGGGAAAAUCGAGUCACACUUCUGAACUUGGCGAAAAAAUCUACAGCUCCAACCAUGGUGACAAGACGUCUACAAUUUCUCCUGAGAGAAUUGAAGCUCUUCGGAACUCUAACCAUGGUGUCAGAUACUUUGGUGGAAGCCAUGCUUCUCAUCCUUAUCCAAAUAAAUCUGGAGCUACUAUUGGAACUUCUGAAGACAUUAAUGUUGGCGAAGUUAUUACGUCAUCUUCAAAAGCUAUGGAAGCACUUGGAACCACGACUUCUUCACCACAAAGUCCACCAGAACGUUCUGAAAUCGCUGAAAGCACUACUGGAAGUCCUGAACUUAGCGGAAGGAAUCAAGUCAGCGCCUCUACUCCACAACAGAACAUUCAUACCGCGACGUCCCCUAAUAAUACUUCAGAAAGGGUUGUCUUCACUGGAACCACAAAACCUUUACCAGGACCUUCUACUUUCUCCGAGAGCACUACCGAACUGUUCAGUACAACUUCUGUUUCUGUAGAACGUUCUGAAACACACGGAACAUCGACUUCCCCUCCAGAAAUCACAGACAGCGUUACCGGAGCUACAAGUACUGCAACCGAGAUCACGGAAACCACUGGAUCUACAACUUCUUCUCUUGACAUCCUAGAAACAUUCAGUACUAUUUCAGCUUCACCAGGAACAUCUCAAUCAACGACUUCUUCUCCCACGGUUCAUGCUGAAACUUCUGAAACCCCUACUUCUUCUCCUGAUGACAAUACUGGAACGUCUAGUACUUCCACAGCUUAUUCAGCGACAUCGCAGACAACAUCUUCUCCUCUGGAAGCUUCUGAAGUCACGGAUAGCUCUACCGGAACUUUCCGUACUACCACGUCUUCAUCUUUUGAAAGUUAUUCGGGACGUUCUGCAGACCCUGGCAGCCCUACUGAAAUUUCCAUUACUGGCACACCAUCGCUGGAAACAACCGAAACGACAACCUUCAUUCCCGAUUCCGGCACAACCAGCAGACUUUCCACAGAGACUAGCGAAUUCCAGAAUGCUCAAAACUCCAGUGCUGCUAGAGCUCCUACAAAAUUCCUUGGGACUGCCAUAGAGACUCCUGACUCCAACUUCUCAAGUCAGUCUUUCUCUGAAAGCAGUACGCAGACCUCCAGUAGUGCUACAUCUACAUCAGAAGCCACCGAGUCGAAAGCACGAGAUACAGAAAGAUUCACAGAGCCUUCUCAAUCUUCUGACAGCACUACAGGGACUCCUUAUCUGGACACAACUACUUCCGAAGCUACAAUGUCCACUGAAACAAAUGGUGUGACUAUUUCUUCUCCAGAAAGUUCGCUAGAUCCUUCUCGAACUUCUGACAGCUCAACCACGACCUCCAGUGUUAUCAGAGCUUCACCUGAAGUCCCAGAGUCCAUCAAAACAACUGGAGCUAGAGAAAAUUUAACAGUGUCUUCUCAAUUUUCUGACAACACUACAGGGGCUCCUUAUCUGGCCACAACUCGUUCCAAAGCUACAGAAUCCCCCGAAACGGCUGGAGUCACCGCUGUUUCUACAGGAAGUUCACUACAUCCUUCACGAACUUUUGACAGCUCAAACGAGACCUCGAGUAUUAUCACAGCUUCUCCUGAAGUCCCAGAGUUCAUCGAAACAAGAGGACUUACAGAAAGUUUCACAGAGUCUUCUCAAUUCACUGACAGCACUACAGACGCUCCUUAUCUGGCCAUAACUCCUUCCGAAGCUACAGAAUCCACCGAAACGGCUGGAGUGACCAUUGUUUCUUCAGAAAGUUCGCUAGAUCCUUCCCGAACCUCUGACACCCCAUCCGAGACCUUGAAUACUAUCACAGCUUCUCCUGGAGUCCCAAAGUCCACCGAAACAACUGGCGCUAGAGAAAGUUCACUAACUCCCUUGCAAAAACACGAUACAACUACCGCAGCUCCUCUCAAGACGACCUCGCUUCGUCCGGAGCCUCAAAAACCGUCACCGGAAUCUUCCGAGAAACCGAACAGCACCACUCAAACUCUCAUUAUUUCCAAGACCCCUUCUGAAGAUUUUGAUCCGACCGACGACUUUGGUACGCCUUCGAAGCUUUCCGAACGCCUUCAACUGUUGAAACCGAUUUGGGUGAUACCGACAUCAGAUGGAUAUAUUGAAGGUAGACUUGAUCAAAUACUUUUUUUUAAAUGAAAUUAAUUUCAGAGGAAUCAGCUACGGGAUCAUCACCACUUCUAAUGUACAAAGUUUUGUUCAUCUGA